AUGCUCCCCGCCCUCGACAAGCCCACCCGUCGCGUUGGCAACAAACUCCCGGGCGCGAACUCAGACUCUUCCGAAGUCUCUGACAAAGCCCUCUACGACGCCUGGCUCGCCUCUCGGGCCGUUCCUGCCUCCAAAGCCAUCCUCCUAACUCCCGGCGCCCAGCGCUCGCCAUCACGCGAGAAUGCUGCGCUAGCGGUCCGCAUCGCUCGUCGCUCCUCCCUCGGCGUCCUCUCCCUCCUCUGGCAGCUCUACCCCUCGCGCAUCCUCCUCCUCGUCGCCAUGGACCUCUGCCGAGGCGCGUUUCCCGUCUUCAGGGGUUAUUCCCAGGCCAUGAUCAUCAACGAGGUUCAGUCCGUGAUCUCGUCCGGUAAUUUCGUCUGCACGAGACUCUGCCGACUUAUCGCCACUGAAUUGCUACGGCUCGCUCUCGAAAGCGGCUUCGAUUCGUUCGCGUCUGCAAACGAGGAGGUCGUCCAGAGCUCCGCCAGGUUUGCUCUCGAGUACCGUCUCAUGGAGCAGCGGGUCCGGAUGGACGUGCCCACCUUGGCGGAUCCCAACGUGCGGGACUUGUUCCAAGAGUCUGACCUCUUCGUCCGUUCCUUCAGCGGCGUCGCCAACUUUGGCCUCUUCUCUCCCCUUGAUCUCCUACGGAUAUUGACUCUUCUGUCCGAGAUGCUGUCUCACCUCUUCGUUCUCUGGACCCUCACAACAGACCGCACACAUCUCUCCUUGCUCGCUUUUUCCAUCAUCUCGUACAUUGUACCGCUAUUAAUAUCGUGGUGGAGACAGUACCCCGAGUACACGGAUGACAUCCAAGAUAUCAGGGCCGCUCGCGCCACCGCAAAGCAGAACAAAAUGCGGGCGAUGGCGCACAGUGACGCCUACCGCUCCGAGAUCGUCCUCUUCGGUCUCGGACCUUGGAUCCUCGACAACUGGGCGAGGGCACGGAUGGCCACCCUCGGCCUGGAUCAGCCACGGUCGUUUCCGGCCGAAAACAGCACAUUCAACGUCCUGACGUCCAACAUCAAUGCUUCCGGCCUGCUCAUGGCUCUCCAAAACAUGCCCGUCCUCCUGGCGAUGCAAUCUUCCUCUGCCUCGCUGGGAUCGUUCACCCUCUAUCGCAACUCUAUCCAGUCGAUCGUCUUCAGCAUUCAGCAGCUGUCCCAGCUAUCGCGGAUGGCCUUCCAGAGCAUCUUUCUCAUGGGCGCAUUCUCCGCGGCGCUGCAAGUCCGACCCCGGCUCCAGCCUAGCCCAGAGGUUAAGCUUGCGUACCCGAGCAGUGGCAACGGGAUGAAGAUAGAAGCAAGGAACAUAUCGUUUUCGUACCCAGGCAGUCACGAGCCUGCGGUCCGCAACGUGAGCUUCACGCUCAACCCCGGCGAGACCCUCGCCAUCGUCGGCUACAACGGCUCAGGCAAGUCGACGCUCGCGAACAUCCUGCUGCGCGUCACCGGCUUCGACGAGGGCGAGCUGCUCGUGAACGGGCACGACGUCCGGCGGUACGACGCCGCCGAGUACCACCGGCACCUCACCGCCGUCUUCCAGGGCUUCUCCAAGUUCGACGCCUCCGUCCGCCAGAACGUCGGCGUCGGCUACUUUCCCGACAUGCAGCACCCCGCCGCCGUCGCCCGCGCCGUCAAGCUCGCCGGCGCAGACCCCGUCGUCGCCGCGCUGCCCCAGGGCCUCAAGACGCGCCUCGACGCCUCAGGAGCCGGCGCGUCGCUUCCACACUUUGCGGCGGCAGACCAGGGUCACCGUGCCAGUCCCCGCGGCCGUCCGCAAGGGCUGUCUGGCGGCGAGUGGCAGCGGAUCGCCAUCUCGCGCGCCUUCAUGCGUGCGCAGCGGCCCGAGGUCGAGCUGCUGCUCCUGGACGAACCCACCGCCUCGCUGGACGCGCAUGCCCAGAACCGCGUGUUCGAGACCGUCGACGAGCUCGCGCGCUCGGACGCGGGCGAGCGGACGAAGACGGUCGUCUUCAUCACCCACCGGCUGUCCACCGCGCGCCGGGCGGACAAGAUCGCCAUGAUGGAGCGCGGGACGAUCAUCGAGUUCGGCACCCACGAAGAGCUCCUGGCCGCCGGCGGGGCGUAUGCGUCUCUUUACAAGGCGUCCAUAUAG